GACCCCGUGUUUGUCUCGCUGCUUCUCAGCAGGUUCCCGGGCGUGAGCGGACGCCGGCGGGGCCCCGGCGAUGGAGGCCACGGCGCCCGAGGGCCCCCCGCCAGACCUGAAGCUGGUGGCGCACCCGCGGGCCAAGAGCAAAGUGUGGAAGUACUUCGGCUUCGACACCAACGCGGACGGCUGCAUCCUGCACUGGAAGCGGAUCUACUGCCGCAUCUGCAGGGCGCAGAUCGCCUACUCCGGCAACACCUCCAACCUGUCCUACCACCUGGAGAAGAACCACCCAGAGGAGUUCUGCAAGCUCGUCAAGAGCAACAGGGAGCACAUGCGCGAGGCCUUCGCCUCCGCCUUCUCCAAGCUCAAGCCCGAGGCCUCGGCCUCUGCCUGCGGCCCGCCGGAUGCCGCCCUGGCCCCCAAGCCCGGCCCCGGCCUGGACGGCAGGAGGCAGCAGGAGCUCACGGCCGCCGUCCUGGGGCUGCUGUGCGAGGGGCUCUACCCCGCGUCCCUCGUGGACGAGCCCACCUUCCGCGCGCUGCUUCGGGCCGCCGAGCCCAGGUACGAGCUGCCUGGCCGCAAGUUCUUCUCCGGCAGGGCCGUGCCCGAGCGCUACGCGGCCGUCCGCCACGCCGUGCUGAGGGAGCUGGCCGAGGCCGCCUGGUGCGGCGUGUCCACGGACCUGUGGAGGAGCCCCAGCCAGAGCCGCACCUACCUGACGCUCACGGCCCACUUCCUCAGCGCGGGCGCCCCGCUCGGGCUGGCCGCUGGCUCGCGCUGCCUGAAGACCUUCGAGGUGCCCGAGGACCACGCGGCGGAGGCCAUCACGCGGCUGCUGUACGAGGCCUUCGUGGAGUGGGGCAUCGGCACCAAGGUGGCGGGCGCCACGACGGACGCGGGCGAGGACGUGGCCAAGGCCUGCUCGCUGCUGGACGUGCCCGUGCAGGUGCCCUGCCUGGGCCGCAGCUUCGAGGCGGCCGUGCAGCGGCCAAGAGGCCCACGCCGGCCACGGCCACGGCCACGGCUCCGGGCAGCGCCGUGCACGACAUGCUGGCGGAGAUCUUCUGCCCGGCGGGCGGCGCGGACCCGCAGGAGGAGUGGCACGCGCAGGUGGCGGAGGAGCUGAGCAACUUCAAGUCGCAGAAGCCGCUGGGCCUGAGCGAGGACCCGCUGCGCUGGUGGGCCGACCGCCUGGCGCUGUUCCCCGUGCUGCCCAAGGUGCUGCAGAAGUACUGGUGCGUGCCGGCCACGCGCGUGGCCCCCGAGCGGCUCUUCGCGUCCUCGGCCAACGUGCUCAGCGCCAAGCGGAACCGGCUGGCCCCGGCCCACGUGGACCUGCAGGUCUUCCUCUACGAGAACUCGCGGGCCGGCCUCGGCCUGGCCGGUGGGACGGAACCGGAGCCCGAGGAGGAGGACGAGGGCGCCUGGGGCUUGGACCAGGAGCCCGCGUGCCUCUUGGGGGACGGCCUGGGCGGCGGCUUCCCGUAGGACCGGCCGGCUCCCUCGGGCGGCGCUGGCGGGGCUGCGAACCCCAGGAGCGUCGCUGGAUACGCAGGACCCAGAGGGCAAAGCCCAGCUCG